AUGACCGGAGCAACUGGAGCCAUUCUAGGAAUUAGAGCCCUGAUUGCCUUGCGCAAGUUGAAUGUCGAGACGCACCUGGUGAUGAGCAAAUGGGCCGAGGCGACCAUCAAGUACGAGACGGACUAUCAUCCGUCGAAUGUCAAAGCACUCGCCGACCAUGUCCACUCGAUCAACGACAUGGCAGCUCCGAUAUCAAGCGGCUCCUUCAAAGCAGAUGGAAUGAUCGUCGUUCCAUGCAGCAUGAAGACCCUUGCAGCAAUCCACAGCGGGUUCUGCGACGAUCUAAUCGCUCGCACCGCCGACGUCAUGCUUAAAGAGCGACGUCGCUUGGUCUUGGUCGCGAGGGAAACCCCGCUGAGCGAUAUCCACCUGCGCAACAUGUUAGAAGUGUCCCGCGCGGGCGCCAUCAUCUUCCCUCCUGUUCCGGCUUACUAUAUCCAGGCAGCGUCCGUGGAUGAAUUGAUCGACCAGAGCGUAGGGCGCAUGCUAGACCUUUUCGAUUUUGACACUGGGGACUUUGCGAGGUGGGAGGGCUGGCAGCAUGCAGAGCGUUGA